UCCAUGGACACGGAAGCAGAGCUGCAGUUUCGCCCACGGACUGGGAAGGCGGCCUCAGCCCCUCUCUUGCCAGAAGUGGAGACCUACCUCCAGCUGCUUCUCGUCAUCUACCUGAUGAACAGCAAGCGGUACCCGGAGGCUCAGAAAGUGUCCGAUGACCUGAUGCAGAAGAUCAGUUCCCAAAACCGCCGGGCCCUUGACCUGGUGGUGGCAAAAUGUUAUUACUACCACUCCCGCAUCUACGAAUUCCUGAAUAAGCUCGACGUGGUCAGGAGCUUCCUGCACGCCCGGCUACGGACAGCCACGCUGCGCCACGACGCGGACGGGCAGGCCACCCUCCUGAACCUGCUGCUGAGGAACUAUCUCCACUACAACCUCUAUGACCAAGCGGAAAAGCUCGUCUCCAAGUCCGUGUUUCCUGAACAGGCCAACAAUAACGAGUGGGCUCGGUACCUCUAUUACACAGGGCGCAUCAAGGCCAUCCAGCUGGAGUACUCGGAGGCGCGGAGGACCAUGACGAACGCCCUGCGGAAGGCUCCGCAGCACACGGCCGUUGGCUUCAAGCAGACAGUGCACAAGCUGCUCAUCGUGGUGGAACUGCUGCUCGGGGAGAUCCCGGACAGGCUCCAGUUCAGACAGCCUUCCCUCAAGCGGUCGCUCAUGCCCUACUUCCUCCUGACUCAGGCCGUCAGGACCGGGAACCUGGCCAAGUUCAACCAAGUCCUCGAUCAGUUUGGGGACAAGUUCCAGGCCGAUGGCACCUACACCCUGAUCAUUCGUCUGAGGCACAACGUCAUCAAGACAGGUGUCCGUAUGAUCAGCCUCUCCUAUUCUCGCAUCUCCCUGGCCGAUAUUGCCCAGAAGCUGCAGCUGGACAGUCCGGAGGAUGCAGAGUUCAUCGUCGCCAAGGCCAUCCGGGACGGCGUGAUCGAGGCCAGCAUUAACCACGAGAAGGGCUACGUCCAGUCGAAGGAAACGAUCGACAUCUACUCCACCCGGGAGCCCCAGCUGGCGUUUCACCAGCGCAUCUCCUUCUGCCUCGACAUCCACAACAUGUCUGUCAAGGUNNNGAGGUUCCCACCCAAAUCUUACAACAAAGACUUGGAAUCUGCAGAGGAGCGCCGGGAGCGCGAGCAGCAGGACCUGGAGUUCGCAAAGGAGAUGGCAGAGGAUGAUGAUGACGGUUUUCCGUGA